AUCCUUUGCUUUCUUUGUGUUCCCCCACCUCGCUGCGCGUGGGACCAUAAGCGCGCUUUAAGUACACUAUGCAUGGCUCAAUGCUUUUUCACCGUCGCGUGAAGAAGGUCGCGCGGCCAGAUCUGAGGACAGCACUCAAGUCAUGAACUAGGAGUCGAACAUCAGUGUGCAAGAUGGCGUCUGAGGAGGCUGCGGAGGAAAUUGCAGAAGAGGCCAGCGAAGAGUCCUCAGCAAACGUCCCGGAGCUGGAUCUUUCACAUUGUGGCGUCAAGCAAAGGGUCCGCGACAUCCAAGCCGACAUUAACGCCGAAGUGCUAUCAGCUCGACAGGAGAUAAUUGUAUUUGAUGCUUUGAUGAAGAUGAAGUAAGUAGGUGUCGGCUCGAACGAAAACGAUUAUUCGCUCAUAUCUAUCAAGCCAAAAGCUGACUUCUCUGUAAGUAAAUGAUUUUCGAAUGCCAAAACCACUUCAACAGCGCCUCGAGCUGAAAAAGGGGACGCGAGUGAACGAGGAAGUUGCCAAGGAGGAGAAGCUAUCAAAUGUAAAAAUGUCUGGGUAUGGAAGAAUGCAAGUUUGUCAUGCUUGUCUGGCAUGACUCUUCUAUCUGUCAUGCACCUUAUCAAAGAGCCCCGCUUUUCUGUCAUGCAGACACGUAGUUUGUCAUGCAGAAUAGGCAACACCUAGAAGCUCAGAAACUUGUCAUGCUGAGCCAGCAAUUGUCGCCUCCUCAUGAUACGCCACACAGCAUCACAAGUUUCCAGACCCAGACAUUUUUACAUUUGAUAGAAGCAAUUCAAAGAGGGCGUGACAGCAGCCGUGAAGGGGACGCAGCGUGUUAUCCUCAAAGACCUGCGCCGAUUCGAGGAUUCGAUACAACCGGUGAAGCGGCUGCAACAUGCGGAGAACGUAUGACGGCAGAAGUUGCGAAUUUCGUUGAAUCAUGCUCGCACCAGUUGUGCGUACUAACUCGCAGCAGCGAUACAUAGAUGAAUCACCGAAACAAGAUCUGCAAGAGCCACUUAGCCUCAGAAAGGCAAAUGCUUUCUGUAGUGACAAAAAAAACUAAAAUCAGAUGCGGAUAUUGAAGCAGACCACCCAGAUCCGGCAAGACACGAAGGCGCUGCGGAAGAUGCUUCGCAAUUUGGACAAGCGGCUGCAGAAAAUGGAAAACGAAUUGGAGUUCUAAAAGAGCUUGUACGAUGUAAAAACACGACUCGCCGACAGUCGUAGUUGAAAUCGAUUCACUCGUUGGACAUUGUUCUUUGGAAGCGGUGAACAAGUUAGAUGUUUCGAGGCUGUAGAUCUGUAGUUUGGAUUUGGAAAAAAAAAACAGCUGAAAAAUAACUGUAGAAUCGAAGAUGAACAAGGUAAGAGCACUGAUAGAUAGAGAAAGCAGGAAGUCACUG